AUGCCAGACAAGCGACUUACACGUGCUGAACGAAAAAGAAAGGCGGAGCGGCAACAAAAAACUGAGGAAUUGAACAAACGGGCAAGGCCCGGCUACUUCCUUUUCACUCCACCGGUGAGUUUAUUUUCAGAAUUUGAUCUCAUAGGCGAGGGAGAGAGUGUAGAAAAAUGAGAGAGAGAGACAGAGAAAUAUCUUCUAGAAACACCAACAAUGUUUUAUUUCAGCGUGGCGUAAUUCCUCGUUCGGACACGCCUCAAACCACAUCGGGAAAUGUGAUGUUUAAUCGAUUUUCUUCGGAUGGGGAGCAGUUUGAUGAAGUGGCGGAUCCAGCGCCACAACAACCUCAAGCUGGUCCGCCACCUCCUCCAGCUGCUGCAGAUGUUCAACAACCGGUGGUUCAAGAUGAUGUUAAUCAAGUUGUUGUUGCUCCGGUUGAUGCUCAGGUUGCUCGUCCCGAAGAUGUGGUUGCACCGGCGCGUGAUGUUGUUGUUCAAGCGGUUUCAGAGGAGUCAUCGGCAGAUGAAAGCGACAAUCGAGCUGCUCAACCGGUUAUUCAACGUCGCCGCCGCAGAAGACGUAGACGUGGAGAUGGAAGACGUCGCGGAGCUUUUGUUUAUGAGAGGGUAAGUUUUUUUAUUGCAAUUUCAGACUUUGUGUUCAAAAUUGAUUUUUUUCAGCCUGCUGUUUUGAUGGGCGACCCCCAUGAGGGGGAAGUCGUCAUUGACUUGUUUCUGCCGCCUGUUGAAGAUGACACUCAGCGAGAAAGCGACAGUGAUGCCCCGUGA